AUGUUCGCUCCAGAGAGUACGCCAGCCCUGCUCGCCCUAUCCGUCGUGCUCGCCGUGGUUAUAGCCAGCUAUGUGAUCCAGCUGAACCGCUCGCGCACCCACAGGGCAUUCUGGGCCUCACAACCAUGGGCUGGAGUCCGCAACGAAUGGUUCAGUGGCGCCCGAAGCAAGCUGCGGAUCAUCACCAGCGUCCGCGAGAUGGUUGAGGACGGAUUCCACCGGUUCUCCCAGGCCAAAACCGCCUUUGCGCUGCCCAACAUCGGAGAACCCUCCUGGCUGGUGCUGCCGCCCGCGUCACUGCGCGAAUACCUCUCCAAGCCAGAUGCGGAUCUCGACCAUAACGUCAUCCACGAGGACCAACUCCAAGUCUACUAUACCCAAGGCGUUCUUGGCCACCAUGCAGCGACAAUCCCGCUGCAGUUCGAUGUCGUGCGCCGUCAGCUGACGAGGCAGUUGCCGCUCGUUGCGGCCGCCCUGCACGAUGAGCUGCACCGAUCCUUUGAGGACUACUGGGGCACCGACACAGCCGCGGCGAAGGAGAUCGGUCUGCUCGCGACAUGUUUCAAGAUCGUCACCCGCACCGCCAACCGCGUCUUUGCCGGGGCGGACAUCUGCCGGGACGAGGCCUUCCUCGAGCAUCUGCGUAGGUACUCUGACGCGGUGAGCAGGGCGGGCAUCAUCAUCCGUCUGUUGCCGCGAUGGCUGCGGCCAGUGGUGGCACCAGUCGUGACAGUCUGGUAUCGCCGCGACCUGGCCAUUUGCAGGGAGAUCUGCGUCCCUGUCAUCCACCGCCGGGUCCAGGAAACAAUCGAGAAGCGCAAGGACGGCUGCACUUGGGAAGCACCAGUCGACGUCCUGCAAUGGCUCAUUGAAGCUGCCCUGCAACGCAACGACGCCGCCGAGUUAGACCCGCUCCUCCUCACGCAGCGCCUCCUCAUGCUCAACUUCGUCUCGAUCGAAACAACCGCAAUGGCCAUAGCCCACGCCCUCGCCGACCUCUACAGCUCGCCAAACGCCGAGUCCUUCGUCGCGGGUCUCGAGGAAGAAUGCGACCGAGUGCUGCCGCAGGAGCCGGGGGUGUGUUGGACAAAAGCCCAGCUAGACCAGCUCGUGCGCAUCGACUCCACGAUCCGCGAGUCCAUGCGCAUCUCCGAUUUCUCGCACAUCCAGCUGCCCCGCGUGGUAUCGAAUCCGCACGGGAUCGAUUUCGAGAGCACGGCCGAUCCGCUGCACGUCCCUGCGGGAAUCCGCCUGUGUGUGCCCGCGCAUUCCAUCCACCGCGAUCCUACUUCCCACCCAGACCCGUUGACUUUUAACGCAUUCCGAUUUGUUAUCGAGCCCGGCGACGGCCGUACGGGAGAUGCCGCGGAGCCGGAGCCCCCGGCCGCGCGGAAACAGCCCUCCCUGGCGACGACGACCGACUCGUUUCUGGUAUUCGGGCAUGGGCGGCCGCCGGCACGCGUGCCCGGGGCGGUUCUUUGCGGCGCAUUUGAUGAAACUCAUGUUGGCGUAUGUUGUGCGGCACUACGAUGUCGAACGACUGACGGAGCCGGUGGAUAA